AUGAUAAAAGCGAAUGUAUUAAAUGCUGCGAACAUCCGCCCCAUAACCAGAACCACCAGUGCUAUCCCAUACAGAUUCCGGCCAACGAUCCGUUUUACAAGUACUUUGACCGCCAGUGUAUGGAUUUCCUUCGGUCACUACCGGGCGUCAAACCUAACUGUCCGCUUGGGCCGCGCGCCCAACAAAACUCCAUAUCCUCGUACAUCGACGCCAACUUUAUCUACGGUUCCACACAGGAAGUGGCCACUCGGCUCCGGGAGUUCACGGGUGGCCGUCUGAAAUCGUCGCCCAUCUAUCAUGAGUUGGGUAUGAAAGACCUGUUACCGAUGAAAGUCAAAGACCCGGAGCUCGGCUGCGAACGUACCGGUCGUCCCCGUAAUCUCUAUUGUUUCGACGGCGGCGACGAACGACUCAACGAACAGUUGCAGCUGACAGUCAUGCAUACCGUAUGGCUUCGGGAACACAAUCGACUGGCCGGUGAAUUGUCACUAUUGAAUGGGCACUGGGAUGACGAACAACUGUAUCAGGAAACCCGUCGGCUGAUGGGCGCCGUUAUCCAACAUAUUACGUUCAACGARUUUYURCCGCUAAUCAUCGGCCGCAAAGCUAUGRCCAACUAUGGCCUCGAUCUGAUGCAAUGCUACUAUCGKGGAUAUGACCCGAAAGUCAAUCCCGGUGUCCGWACSGCUUUCCAGGCGGCGGCCUUCCGAUUCGGUCACUCCAUACUACCCGAUGUUACCGAACGYUAUAAUAAAUAUCACGAAAAAGUCGAAUCCAUACGACUGUCGGCAUUGUUGAGACAACCGUACGAACUAUACAAACCGGGAUCAGUCGACUCGUUUAUGUURGGYCUAAUCAAUCAGCAAACCUAUCGUAUGGACAGCGAAAUUACKACCGAAGUUACCAAUCAUUUGUUUGAAAARCCGGGCGAAAAGUUUGGCCUCGACUUGGCYUCGAUGAACGUACAGCGUGGCCGCGAAAUGGGUGUUCCCGGCUAUAACGAGUUCCGGGACUAUUGCGGUCUACCGAAAUUGAAGGGUUGGCCAGAUUUGCGCGGCUAUUUCUCAAACAAAACUAUCCAACGAUACGUUAGCCUAUAUAAAUCGGUCGACGAUAUCGAUCUAUGGUCGGCCGGUAUAUCCGAAUAUCCACUGCCCGGYGCUMUGRUCGGCCCGACGUUUGCCUGUAUUAUUGGCGAACAGUUUGGUCACGUCCGACGGGGCGAUCGUUUUUGGUACGAAAACGGCGGCGGCGGCGGUGACGAUGGCCACCAAAAUAACGGUUGGCCAUCACAGUUUACGCCCGAACAACUGGCCGAACUUCGAAAGGCCAAACUGGCCCGACUGUUGUGCGACAGUUCCGAUGAUAUACAUACCAUACAGUUGUAUCCCAUGCUUAAGGCCAACUCGCAAGCUUCUGAUUGGAUAACCAAACAACCAUAA